AUGAUUUCCGUCAAAGCUACGACGGAUUCACCACGUCGUUUCCGCUGUCCACCACCGCCACCUUCCGCCUUCCCAUCCGACGGCAGCGACGACUUCCGCCGGAGAAGUCGUUCGCGGCCUCAAGCGUCUGACGCUGCGAACGAGGCAAUCGACGAAUUUAGCCGACCGCAAAUUGCUGCUCUGCUGCUACAGCAAAGCUUCGAUUCGAACCCACUCAACCUUAGGUUCUCAUCGUUUGGAGAAGAAGAAAGAGGAGGAGCCGCUUGA